AUGACCAAGAGCUUUGGAUUCGACUCCAGUGUGGUCAACAGCGAUUCCGUGUCCAACACUUGGGGCAUGAUGCGAGAGCACAACGGCAGAGCAACCAAUGGCUUCUUAUGCAAUGCAAAAAUUAAGUUGUUGAGGCCAAGUUGCUUCAAUUCGAGCGAGGAACCAAAUAUAAAGUCGUCUGUAGACGUCAGUUCCAGAUAUUUGGAAAGUUCCACCAAGUCGGCAUCCAAAGCUGGGUCCACAAACGUAUAUUUGACUGUAGUUCCAAGUAAAAGUCUUUGUGUAUGUGUUGGACCGGAAGACAGAAUGGUGCAAAUAUCUUCCAAGAACAAAUUCCGCACUGCUAGGAAGGAGACAAUUUCUGCAGCAGUCUCAAUAGCAUCGGCUUUCUCAAUUUGCGAAUUCACCAAAAGAUCAAACUGGUGA